AUGAAUACUUAUUACAGCUUGUUUGUUUUUUUUGUCGGUCUUCUUGCGAUUAAAUACGCACACGCAAAAGUCACUGCAGACACAGUAUGUAAAAAUGGAUACUUAAUCCAAAUGAGUAAUCAUUUUGAAUGCAAAUGCAAUGUUGGAUUUGUUCUGUUAAAUGAGAAUACUUGCGAACAAAAGUUGGCAUGUUCAAAUGUUCAAAAUUUAAAUAAAAGUUGUGAUGAUUAUGCUAUAUGCUCCAACGCGUCAUUGAGGGCAGAUGAAAAAGCAGCAAUUUGCACCUGCAUAAAAAACUAUGUCUUCACGAACCAGAAGUGUAUUUCAAAUGUAUGUAAUAAAAUUGUGUGUGAUAAAGGAAAGUGUGUAAUAGAUCCUGCCAACGUGAAUAAUAGCAUAUGUUCUUGUGAUAUUGGAACUGUAUUGGAUGAAUCGAAAAAAUGUGGAAAACCAGGAAAAACAGAAUGCACAUUAAAGUGUAAGUCAGGUGAGGUGUGCGAAUUGAUUGGAACUUUUUACAAAUGUGUUGUCAAGGGAAGCGGUGGAGGAGGAAAUGGAGGAGAAGGCAGUGGAGGUGAAAGUAGUGGAGGAGAAGGUAAUCCAGAACAAUCAGGAGCUGUCCACAGUAUAAUGAACAGAUAUGCACAAAUCAGUAUCUUAAUUGUAUUCGCAUUCUUUAUGAUGACAAUGGUGUAG